UAUGAUAACAUGGGUGAUUAUCCAAAAGCACUUUCAUCUCAUGAAAAAGCCCUUGCAAUUCGACAAGAAUCACUUCCUUCCAAUCAUCCUCAUUUGGCUCAAUCCUACAACAAUAUCGGUGUCGUGAAUGAGAAUAUGAAUAACUACUCAAAAGCUCAUUCAUUUUAUGAACGUGCUGUACAAAUUGGACAACAAUCAUUAGCAGCAAAUCAUCCUAAUCUUGAACAAUGGAGAAAAAACCUCGAAAACAUAAAACACAAAUUAUAA